CUUGCAUUCCUAUCGUCUAACGAGCAAAAAUGACAACAGAGGCUAACCGUGACGAAGCUCGAAAAUGUGUGUUGUUAGCCAGGCGGUGCCUGGACGCGGGCGAACUGGACAAGGCGGAACGCUAUGCACACAAAGCGCAGCGCUUAUAUGCCAGCAUGGAGGCGCAAGCUGUGCUAGAAGCAAUUGAGGCGGCUCGUGCGUCGGGUAAAGGCGAGGGCCCCUCAACCAGCGCCGGGGCGCAGCAGCACCAGGCCAAUGGUCACCACCGGCCAUCGGCGAGCAAGCCCGCCGCGCACGGGGGCCCGCACCUGCCGCACCGGCCAGCGAAACCGAAGCCGGUCGAGGACCCGGGCACGCCGGAGCAGAAGGCGCUGGUGGCCGAGGUGCUGAAGGCGAAGGACUUUUACGAGGUGUUGGGGAUAACCAAAGACGCCACGGAUGACGAUAUCAAGAAGGCAUACCGCAAGCUGGCUCUGAAGCUGCACCCCGACAAGAACAAGGCGCUGCACAGCGACGAGGCGUUCAAGGCCGUGUCCAAGGCCUUCAACUGCCUUAGCGACGGCGACAAGCGGGCCUAUUACGACCGCACAGGGCACGAGAGCAGCGCCGCGGCGGCGGCAGCGGCCGCUGCGCAGCGGGCGGGCGGCGCGGGUCCAGGUCCAGGUGGCGCCUACUAUUACACCACUAGCACAGAGGACUUUGACCCGGAGGAGCUGUUCAACAUGUUCUUCGGGGGCGGCCUGGGCGCGCAUGCUUUUCGCGCACAGUUCGGUGUGCCGCGCCAGCGGCGGCACGGCCACGCGCACGGCGGGCACCACCAUGGCGGGGGGCACGCGCAGGGCGGCGGGCAGGCGCAGGGCGGUGGCGGCGGCACGGCAGCGGCGGACCAGCAGCAGCGCGCCGCCAUGCUGGGGCUGCUGCAGCUGAUGCCCAUCCUGCUCAUCCUCGUCUUUACCUUCUUCCAGAGCAGCCAGUCGCCGCCGUACAGCCUGGUGCAGGAAUCGGCCUACAAGGUGGAGCUGCUCACGCAGCGCCUGUCCAUCCCCUUCUACGUCAAGUCGGUGCCGGAGCUGGAGCGGGCGUACCCCGCGGGCAGCAGCGCGAGAUACAGGCUGGAGCGGCAGGUCGAGAGCGCCUACUACGAGCGGCUGGAGGCGCGCUGCCAGCAGGAGCGCCUUAUGCGGCACAGAGCCUGGAGCUGGGGCAACCGGGAGCAGGCGCGAGCGAUGAAGCUGGAGGCGUGCGAAGAGAUUGAGCGAGUGAACGAGAAGCUGGGCAUGCGGCGGCCGGUCGGGUACUAGCACGCUCGGCAGUGCCGCAUAGAGAAGCAGCCAGGCGCAGUGCAGUGGUCGUGUGGGUGCGGGUUGCGAAACCCCCUUCUAUUGUGAGGGUACUUAAGGCUAAGGCUAUAUGCAGAGGCACGGCUGGCAAUAGAUGUGCGACGGGACAGGGUAAAGGCAGGAUGGCGAAGUCCUGUAGGGUGCAGCGUAUUCCCAGACCCCAACACACAGCAGGCAAUUUACAAUGUCGAGGCAUGAGCGCGUGGCAAUAGAGUGGUGGGGGGCGACCAUGUCUCCGCCUAUGGAUGUCUGAGUAAUGUGCCACACACCCUGUGUCACGUCGUCAGUAGUCUUGCGCAGGUGAUGCCUGUGUGGGCCGCCGUGCCACUCGGGUUGAUGGGCACUGGCUGGCUAUCGCACUGCCACAAAUGCCUUGUAACGGCACCGUAAU